UACACGUUUCACCCACUCAUAUCUUUUUUUGGGUAUAUAUACUGAAAAAAAGUCGUAUUGUCAAACCCAGGUAGCCCUUUCUCUCUCUAGCUUCUCUCUCUUCUUCUUCCCCAAUUUGGAGCCCAGAUCCAAGAUCGUCAAUUCAACAUUGUGGGUUGUUUUGAAACAAGAUGGGAGGUGGUUUUCGAGUGCUUCAUUUGGUGAGGCCUUUUCUGGCUUUUCUGCCUGAAGUGCAGAGCGCUGAUAGAAAGAUUCCCUUUAGAGAGAAGGUGUUGUACACAGUUGUUGCUCUAUUUGUUUUCUUGGUAUGCAGUCAGUUACCCCUUUAUGGGAUUCACUCCACAACUGGGUCUGAUCCAUUCUAUUGGAUGAGAGUAAUCCUGGCUUCCAACCGUGGAACGGUUAUGGAGCUUGGAAUCACACCUAUUGUGACUUCAGGACUUGUUAUGCAACUUCUGGCUGGUUCAAAGAUCAUUGAAGUUGACAAUAAUGUCCGCGAAGAUCGAGCUCUUUUAAAUGGAGCACAAAAGUUACUGGGAAUCCUGAUAGCUAUUGGGGAGGCAGUUGCUUAUGUUUGCUCUGGGAUGUAUGGUAGCGUUGACCAACUUGGAGUUGGGAAUGCUAUCCUUAUUAUCCUUCAGCUCUUCUUUGCUGGAAUCAUUGUGAUAUGUUUGGAUGAACUUUUGCAGAAGGGAUAUGGUUUAGGCUCUGGAAUUUCUCUAUUCAUUGCAACCAAUAUCUGUGAAAACAUCAUCUGGAAGGCCUUCAGCCCCACCACCAUCAACAGUGGUCGUGGAGCGGAGUUUGAAGGUGCUGUUAUCGCUUUGUUCCAUCUUCUGAUAACCCGAACAGACAAAGUUCGUGCCCUUCGUGAAGCAUUCUACCGGCAAAACCUUCCCAAUGUGACGAAUCUCCUCGCUACUGUCUUGAUCUUCCUAAUUGUUAUCUACUUCCAAGGGUUCCGUGUUGUCCUUCCUGUGAGAUCAAAGAAUGCUCGUGGACAACAAGGAUCUUACCCGAUUAAGCUGUUCUACACCUCUAACAUGCCAAUCAUUCUCCAGUCUGCGCUCGUUUCCAACCUGUAUUUCAUCUCUCAGUUACUCUACAGGAGGUACAGUGGAAAUUUCCUUGUGAACCUUUUGGGAAAAUGGAAGGAAUCAGAGUAUUCGGGUCAGUUUGUCCCUGUGGGCGGUAUAGCAUAUUAUAUCACCGCACCUUCAAGCUUGGCGGAUAUGGCAGCCAACCCGUUCCAUGCUUUGUUUUACCUCGUAUUUAUGCUGUCAGCAUGUGCACUUUUCUCCAAAACUUGGAUUGAAGUGUCGGGAUCCUCUGCGAGAGAUGUUGCCAAGCAACUCAAGGAGCAACAAAUGGUGAUGCCCGGACACCGUGAAUCAAACCUGCAGAAGGAGCUAAACCGCUACAUACCUACAGCAGCAGCGUUCGGUGGAAUGUGCAUUGGUGCAUUGACUGUCUUGGCUGAUUUCAUGGGGGCAAUCGGUUCUGGAACCGGUAUCCUGCUCGCUGUUACCAUUAUCUACCAAUACUUCGAAACUUUUGAGAAGGAGAGAGCCAGUGAACUCGGGUUCUUCGGAUUCUAAACACGAGACAGACAGACGGACUGAAUCACUUGGAAGUAACCGAAAAUGGCGCGCCAAAGCUGGCUUUUACAAUUUUGGUGGAAAUGUAACUAGGGAAGUUAACACCAACCAAAUUAGUAGAAAGUUUUUUAAUUAGCGGAUCGUUUGGUGUAACACUAAUGACUAGCCCUUGUGGCUUCACAAAGUGUAUUUUGUGAAAAAAGUUUUAGUUCUUUAGAACCUAUUUUACCAAGAGAUUAUUUUUUGUUACAAAGUUAUUUUUAAUUAAUAUUUGGUAUUAUGUUAA